GCAAUGUAUCAGAGAGCCACCUUACAUGAGACAGUUAGAGACUAUGAACAAGCAACUAGUGACCUGAAGAGAUUCUUAUCCAUUCUUGAAGAGCAAUUACAAGAAAAGGUUCAAGUGUCGGGCACACCAGAUGGACCAACUGGCAGCAAUGUGGAUGAAAGGGCCAGACAGUCUGGCACACCCGAUGGAAUAACUGGCAGCAAAAUGGCAGCAUUAAGAAGAGCUAGCAGGCACCUCACAUUAGUGGAAGAAAAGGCUGAACAAGAAACCUUCUUGGAUCUUUACCUCAUUCUGGGAAUCAAGGCAUCUGAUACGGCAUCAGAAAUCAAACAGGCAUACCGGGAAGCAGCACUUAAACAUCAUCCAGACAAGGUAGCUACUAAGUUCCUGGCAGAGACUGGAGGAAAUAGGCAACUCUGGGAUGAAAUUGCUGAUGAAAUCUUCAAGAAUGCUGACAGACUUUAUAGGAUGAUUGCAGAGGCAUUUGGCGUACUUUCAGAGCGCACCAAGCGUGAGGCGUAUGAUCUCAAGGAGGAACGGAGGAAUGCCCAGGAGAACAGCAAUGGAGGCAGAGCUUCAGUUUGAUUAUUAGUAUAUAUAUAUAUAUAUUUUUUUUUUUUCUAGUACUGGAACUGAAGUCCAAGUUUUUGAAGCUCUCAAUUCCUAGAUUUUCGUUUCAAAGUGAAAAAGAUUAAAAUACAAAGAAAAAGGAAAAAUUUCGAAAAUUAAGAAAAGAUUGGUACUUAACAAGAAAAAGUUUCAUACGAUUCUACAAUUUCUCUGCCAAUCCCCAUAGGAAAGAAAAAAAGCAAAAAAAUGUGCAUUUGUAAAUAUGGAUGGUAAAGGAAAGUUUUGUCUAUAUGAAAUUGUAAUACGAUACUUGUGAAUGCUACAAAUUAGUUAUCUAGGGUUGAAUUAUUAUUCAAACAUUACUAUAUACUUAGAGGUACAAACUAUAAUCUCUCGUUCUCUUUGAUUA